AUGGGUCUAGUAAACGGACCGGAGUGGAGACAGACCCGACUCUGCAUUGCAGAGGCAUUCGCGCAACGAAGCAUAGCCGGUGCAAUAGGCCGGGUCACAGAAAUCACGCGAGAGUACAUGGCGGAGCUAGAAGCAAAUGGAAGGCUUGCGCAGCAAAUGCUCAAUCCGGGCAGGGAUCUCAGGCUGCUGCCAUUCUGGAUCAUGGCAGACUAUCUGUAUGGCAGACUUUCGCCAGAACAACACUCGCAACUGGAAGCGUUGGUGCCGUUGCGAGAUUCAUUGUUUCAGCGCGUGAUCCAAGGGGGCGCAACACGAUUUUCCUGGAGCCAAUAUCUUCCCUCUACAGCAAACCGCGAUUUGAAUGACUUCAAGGCCAGAUGGAAGCAAUUUAAUGACGUGGCCUACACAGCCUGUAAGGAGCAAGGCCACGCCCCACCCAUCGUUCGUAUGUUGGAGGCAUACCGGGACGGCUCUAUUACGAUGGAUAACAUGCUGCAAACGAUGGACGAGAUGCUAUUCGGAAACCUUGACGUUACAGCGGGCGGUUUAACGUGGAACCCCCUGUUCAUGGCCGCGUAUCCGGGAGUACAGGCUCAGCUGCGGCAGGAGUUGCGAAGGGAGCUAGGAGACGGCAGGAAGGCAUGGGAGGCGUAUCUGCUGCGAUCUGACACUUUGCUGGCGGCUUCCAUCCUGGAGGCGGCACGCCUGAAGCCCAUCGCAGCCUUUUCUAUCCCCCAGGCUGCUCCUAGCGAUCGUGUAGUUGGGGGCUACUUGGUCCCAGGCAGAACGAACUAUGUGAUUGACACGUACGCGCUAAACGUCCGGAAUCCGUAUUGGGGCAAGGACAGCGCAGAGUACCGGCCGUCUCGAUUCCUGGAGCGCAAAGCGGCCGACACGCGGUACCACUACUGGCGGUUUGGGUUUGGGCCGAGGCAGUGCCUAGGGAAAUAUCUUGCAGAUAUCAUGAUCCGUGUUAUCGUGGCACGGCUGGUGGGAGGCUACCAAUUGAACCUCACCCCGACGAGCAGCUGGGACAAGAACCCGAGCGUCUGGAUUGCACAUCCGGACACUGAAAUUCUCUGCGAGAAGAUUAUGGAAUGA